CACCGCUCCUGCCUACCAGCCGUAUACCCACACCACACCGCUUCCGCACUUCCUCCCGGCGCCUCGUUUUCCAUUUCACAACCGCGGAUCCCCUCCAAGCACUGUAGACAUGGCCGGAAGGGGCAAGGCGAUCGGCUCGGGCGCUGCCAAGAAGGCCAUCUCCAGGAGCUCCAAGGCUGGGCUCCAGUUCCCCGUCGGCAGGAUCGCGCGGUUCCUCAAGGCCGGCAAGUACGCCGAGAGGGUCGGUGCCGGCGCCCCCGUCUACCUCGCCGCCGUGCUCGAGUAUCUCGCCGCUGAGGUUCUGGAGUUGGCCGGGAACGCGGCGAGGGACAACAAGAAGACCCGCAUCGUGCCGCGCCACAUCCAGCUCGCCGUCCGCAACGACGAGGAGCUCUCCCGCCUGCUCGGCAUGGUCACAAUCGCCAGCGGUGGUGUCAUGCCCAACAUCCACAACCUUCUGCUCCCCAAGAAGGCCGGAGGCAGCAAGGCCGUGGCUGCCGACGACGAUAGCUAGAUGACGACUCCUCGGUGGUCGUGGGUGCUCGGCUGUAUCCAGUUCUGUGUAGUAGCGUGUUCAGUUAAAUGUUGCCUAGGUGUUGCGUUUUACUUCUAGGAUGUUAGUACUACUAUUAGUUUCUGAAUCUGUGUGCUUGUACCGGUGCUAAACUAGGUGUGGACAAUGGUUACAUCCUGUGUAAGUCGUUGCUAGUUCGUUCUAUAAAAGUUGCACCUAUGGAUUGCUUA